AAUAUUUCCUAUUCAGUCUCAUGUCCUCUUCCCGUUUCUCUUUCAUCUGAGAACAAGUGAGAAACGCGAUCCUUUUCUUCUCCCAACCAAAGCAAAUCGAUCCACCACCGCCGGUGAGCCGCGAUCACUCUCCUCCUUCUCCAUCCAUCACCGCCUCCGCGAUUACUCUCCUCCUCCUUCAGUUUAGAAAGCUAUCUCCAUCUCUCUCCACAAACCCUAAUUGUUGUAACUUGUAAGAUAAAUUGGAGCAAGAAGAUAGCUAUGCGGUUGUAGCUUAAUGUUGGAGAAGAGAAGAAGAGUUAUUCAUGAUAAAAUGAAACCUUAGAAAAGAACUUUGAGUUUGACAACUAGCUAGAGCAAGAGCCAUAGGAGAGAUCAUGGUUUAGUAUUCGGAGCUGUCUGUGCCUUACUGCCAGUUUAUUUUUUGCUGUUUUCAGUUUUUUACUGGUUUUUUGGUGCUGCUGGUGUAGCAGAUCAGCGCUGCUUGCAGCUGUUUUUCUGUCUUUGGUGGUUGCUUUUCAAUGAUGCUUGGCUAGUUCGGGAGUGAGGCAGGGGUAUGCUUGCUCUAUGCUAGUAUAUACUUCGGCCUCAUUGUUUGAUGCCAUUGUUGGUUUUGGGUUUUCUCGGUGAAUUGGUGUUACGUAUUUAGGCGGCACCUCUUUGUAUUUUUCCCCGUUUUUUCCGCAAGUUUUUUUAAUAGCAGCCACCCCAAACUUUUUUGUCUGGCUCUGCCAUUGGUUCUAACGGUUCGAUCUCUGCCUUCAACCAUUGAAGUAAGACUGUCCCCUUCGAAUUUCCACCUCUUCCUCUCAUCACAAAAGGUUUUGUUGGGGGAUUUUCUUCAAACCUCGCUAACAACUAUCAGUGCUAUUUUUGAGGUUUUGAGUUACAACGGAUGCACAUAACAUGUUUGAUAAAUUUCUCAAAUGAAAAUUCAGCAUGCAUUUCUUGUUGAACUCCGCUUUCAAACGCUAUUGGCUCCAAAAUACGAGUACCCACAAGUUCCAAUUACUUUCAGUGUCCCUCUUUUCCACAUUGCACCCAAUAUCUACACCACCCCUGUUGCAAGACCUCUGCGACAUUGUCACCAGCACUGUUGGUGGACUAGAUGAUCUAGAAUCAAGUCUAAAUAAGUUUAAGGGUUCUUUAACUUCACCACUUGUUGCUCAAGUUAUUGAUUCCGUUAAACAUGAGGCACACACUAGAAGAUUGCUCAGAUUCUUCUUAUGGUCGAAUAAGAAUUUGAGUAAUGAUUUGGAAGAUAAGGAUUAUAAUUAUGCUCUUCGAGUUUUUACCGAAAAGAAAGAUUACACGGCUAUGGAUAUCUUGCUUGGAGAUUUCAAGAAGCAGGGUAGAGUCAUGGAGGCUCAAACUUUUGGUGUUGUAGCGGAGACUUAUGUUAAACUCGGAAAAGAAGACGAAGCAUUGGGUAUUUUCAAGAAUUUGGAUAAGUAUAAAUGUCUUAUUGAUGAAUUCACGGUUACUGCUAUUAUUAAUGCUCUUUGCUCUAAAGGGCAUGCUAAGAGAGCUGAAGGUGUAGUUUGGCAUCACAAAGACAAGAUUAAAGGAGUGCUACCUUGUGUUUAUAGAAGUCUUCUUUAUGGUUGGUCUGUGGAGAGGAAUGUGAAGGAAUCUAGGAGAAUUAUUCAAGAGAUGAAGACAAAUGGGGUAACCCCAGAUCUAGUUUGCUAUAAUACAUUCCUUAGGUGCCUUUGUGAAAGAAAUCUCAGAAAUAAUCCUUCCGGACUUGUGCCGGAAGCUUUGAAUGUGAUGAUGGAGAUGAGGUCUUAUAAGGUUUUUCCAACUUCAAUCAGUUACAACAUUUUGCUUUCUUGUUUGGGGAAGACUAGAAGAGUUAAGGAAUCUUGUCAAAUACUUGAAGCAAUGAACAAAUCUGGUGUUGCUCCAGAUUGGGUUAGCUAUUAUCUGGUGGCAAGGGUUUUGUUUUUGAGUGGUAGAUUUGGUAAAGGGAAAGAGAUAGUGGAUCAAAUGAUUGAAAAAGGUUUGGUACCAAACCAUAAGUUUUAUUACAGUUUGAUUGGUAUUCUCUGUGGGGUUGAAAGGGUAAAUCAUGCUCUUGAUUUGUUUGAGAAAAUGAAAGGAAGCUCAGUGGGAGGUUAUGGACCGGUUUAUGAUGUGCUCAUUCCAAAGCUUUGUAGAGGAGGGAAUUUUGAAAAGGGAAGAGAGCUUUGGGAUGAAGGCACAUUAAUGGGCAUCACUCUUCAAUGUUCAAAGGAUGUUUUGGAUCCUUCAAUAACAGAAGUAUAUAUACCUAAAAGACCAGAAAAAAUCAACGUUGUGGAUAGCCCAAAAGCCAAGUCUCAGCAGAAACUUUCAAAUUAUUUUGAGAGAAUGAAAAUGAGAAAAGCUGCAGCAUGGAAGAAGAAAACGAAAAAGAAAUCUGAAGCAUCUUAAUUUGUAAUUUAUGUAGUCUUUGUGAACAAACAAUUUAUAAUAAUACAUUAACUUUGUAUUACUGCAGGUUUGUGCUUAGCAACCAUAUGCUCUCUUUAUUGUUGGAUUUAAAACUUUGCAUGAAAAAACCUUUUUGAUCUACCAAUUAAACUGCAUCUUAUCCUUUGUCAAUUUAAGUUCAUAAUACUUAACUGUGCUUUUUAUACAUGUUAGCAAAUCAUAGUCAAUUUAAGUUCAUAUUUUACUGUGAUUUUAUACAUGUUAGUUAGUCAUACGGUCAUACCGUUUCCUUCAAUCCAACUUGAUCCCAAGGUAGAUCUUAGACAAACCAAUCCACCAGAUUGGUAUAGAUUGGGGGCCACUCUUUUAGGUUAGGGCUCGGGCUAGCGUGAGCGUACAACAUAGGUCUCUCACGGUGAAAACUGAAUUUUGUCCAUCAGAUAUAUGAUUAUAUUAUGUAGUGGUCAGGAUGUUUUACAGGAAACCUUUCUUCCACCGGGUGAAACAGUGUCUAUUUGUUUUUAAAAAUUCUGUCAACAGUAUCCGAAAUCAAUAAAUCUUACAGGGAAGGGAAGGGUUUACUGUUCUUCGAAGGAUCCUGUAGAUCGACCAAUUUGAAAGGGUUUCCCCACCACCGUUCACGUCCAAAUUUCAGGCUUCCGUUGUCGUUUUCGUGAAAUCCAUUUCUUCUCUUGUGGGUUCAUGGAGAUUUUUGUGUCAGGGUACAUCCUUACAGUCAUGGUGGACUGUUAUCGCUCCUUCCCGGUAAACUUUUUCUGUUUGUCAGGGUCGGCGCGUUUAGUGGCGGAUCAGUGAGCACGAGCUACAUUAUUUCUUGCUUGAGUUCCUUCCUCUGUUUAUUUAAUUUGUCGAGUAAAAGUUAUGUGUGGUUCCCAUUUUCUAUAUAAGCUCGCCUUGUGUGUGUGUUUGCUCCAUCGUCUCAUCCCUCUCCCUCUGCAGUUUAGGUUUCUGUUUGUGAGCUUAGUCUUGAAGAUGUAGAAAUCACUUGAUUCUUUGUUGUGUUGUGGGCUGAAACAGAUUGGGUAGGAAAGCUCAAAAAGGAAUUUGCAAUACUUCUUCAUGAUUGGCGACAAACACAAACAAGGAGUUUCAUAUAUGCACACAAUGUGUUUGAUAAAAUGCAGAAGUGAAUCCUCAUCAACAUCACCUGCAACAACAUCAAAUGAUUCUGGGAAAAAUUAGGGAGCAUCUCUCAUAACAAGUUUCACUUUACUAUCAAUAGAUAGCUGUUAAUGGUAAAAGCUUUAACAAUUCAGCUAGAGAUGCAUGGGAGUUAUUCCAAUCAACUGGGGUUGAGUCACUUGUGGCAUAUGUCCCUUCAGGUGCUGUUCUGCUAAUGGGCACCAUUUUUGGUGGAUUCAUAACUGGAACUUGUGCUGGUGUUUGGGUGUGGGUUAAAUGGAGUGAUAGGAUCACGGUUGGAUUGGCAAUGGUUGUGGUGGAGAGUGUUGUUACAUCGAUAUAUAUUUCCUAUGCAGAAGACCCUUUAUUGAUUCAGAGAUGGGAUGCUGAAUUUUUCAACCAGAUGUCUGAGACACUACAUCACCGACUUCAAUAUAGGAGUGCUCGAGCCAGGGACUAUCGAUUCCAUGAGGACCCUAUACGAGAAAACGCCUCUAUUUGAGGAUUCACAUGUGUUGUUUUCUUUUGUUCUACAACAGUUUAUUUAUCCAUUGUGUAGACGUAUCUAUAACAUAUUUUCAUAUAAAUUUGGUGUUAAAUGAAUAGGAAUAGGAGAAGGUUUCUGGUGGUGGUGUAAUCUCAGCAAUGUGGGAUUGGAUGAGUGAAAAGGUCACGGUUACCUCAUGGCUUGGUGUGUAGGGAUGGGUAUAUAAAACUUCAAAAUUGUACAGUUUCUUUUAUUUUUGACAAAAAAUAAAAGCACGGUUACAUUAAUAAGAUGAUUUAAAAUUCCAAUA